UGACAGGGAGUCGGGGGGCGUCCGGUGACAUGAGGGUCCUUCGGCUGCCAUAUCGCGGUUGGCCGCAGGGGGAGCCGGGCACGGGCGUUCAACCCCCGGCGCAUUUCGCCCCACCAAGUUACUGAGGCACGGUUGGCGGUCUCGUUCGUUGGACGAGCCCGGAGGGGAGCAGAGCGUGAACCUCUGAAGCGGCCGAGCCCCCCAACCCCAUCGCGUUCCCUCCGACAGCGGGGUCGAACACGGCUGCAGCGAAUGGACGGCCGUCCGCCGGCGCGCUACCCACGGCCGAGUUUCUGCACGCUGCCGGAACCUAGGUGCCGCAGCCCUUGCGGCAGGGCGGAGGAUGAGGGGCGACGGCGCUGCUGAUACAGGAAACGGAAACUGUUCGCGCUUUCGAUGGGUAUCUGUGGAGCGGGCGGCACAGGCGAGGAAAGUGGCCGUUUCCAUGGAGACGCAGCUUCAAAGCAUCUUCGAGGAGGUGGUGAAAACUGAAGUAAUUGAGGAAGCAUUUGCUGGUAUGUUUAUGGACACAGCUGAAGAUGAAAGAACCAAGCUGAUCAGUUGUCUCGGAGCAUUUAGACAACUCUGGGUGACACUCCCUCAGGAAUCACAUGAACAGUGUGUGCAGUGGAUUGUUCGCUUCAUCCAUGGACAACACAACCCCAAGAGGAUUUCUUUUCUGUAUGAUUGCUUGGCUAUGGCAGUUGAAAAUGGACUGCUACCACCCAGACUGGUCUGUGAAUCCCUAAUCAACUCUGAAAGUCUGGAAUGGGAGAGAAUGCAGCUUUGGGCUCUAACAUUUAAACUGAUUCGAAAAAUAAUAGGAGGUGUUGACUACAAGGGUGUAAGAGAUCUGUUGAAAGCAAUUUUAGAGAAAAUGCAAACUAUUCCCAACACCGUCAGCUCCGCUGUUGUACAGCAGUUGCAAACAGCCAAAGAUGUUGUGGCAUAUAUCCUGGACAGAAACGCUUGUCUUUUGCCGGCAUAUUUUGCAGUUACUGAGAUUAGGAAGCUUUAUCCUGAAGGAAAAUUGUCUCAUUGGUUGCUAGGCAACUUGGCUUCUGAUUUUGUGGACAGCUUUAGACCCACGGCACGAAUAAACUCCAUAUGUGGACGUUGCAGUCUUUUGCCUGUAGUGAACAACUCUGGUGCAAUCUGUAACUCCUGGAAAUUGGAUCCAGCAACUCUUCGUUUUCCUUUGAGAGGACUCUUGCCCUAUGACAAGGACCUUUUUGACCCACAGACUGCCCUACUGAGAUAUGUUUUAGAACAGCCUUAUUCCAGAGACAUGGUCUGCAACAUGCUAGGUCUAAACAAGCAGACCUUGAACAUUGCUCAGCACAAACAACGUUGCCCAGUUUUGGAAGACCAGCUUGUGGAUUUAGUGGUUUAUGCUAUGGAGCGCUCAGAGACAGAAGAAAAAUUUGAUGAUGGAGGCACCAGUCAGUUAUUGUGGCAGCACCUCUCCAGUCAGCUCAUUUUCUUUGUCUUGUUUCAGUUUGCUAGCUUCCCGCACAUGGUGUUAUCACUUCAUCAAAAGCUGGCAGGCCGAGGUUUAAUAAAAGGUCGAGACCAUCUGAUGUGGGUUUUAUUACAGUUCAUCUCUGGCAGUAUUCAGAAGAAUGCGCUGGCUGACUUCCUUCCAGUGAUGAAGCUGUUUGACCUUCUCUACCCAGAGAAAGAAUGUAUUCCAGUACCUGACAUUAGCAAACCACAGUCAACUCAUGCUUUUGCUAUGACUUGUAUCUGGAUACAUCUCAACAGGAAGGCACAGAAUGAUAAUUCCAAACUGCAGAUACCCAUCCCUCACUCUCUCAAACUCCACCAUGAGUUUUUGCAACAAAGUUUGAGAAAUAAAAGCCUACAGAUGAAUGAUUACAAGAUUGCCUUGCUGUGCAAUGCUUAUUCCACUAAUUCCGAAUACUUUACAUUGCCAAUGGGAGUAUUGGUUGAAACAAUAUAUGGGAAUGGAAGCUUGAGGAUAUCUCUUCCAGGAACAAAUUGCACAGCUUCAGGGUCUAUUACCCCCUUGCCUAUGAACUUACUGGAUUCACUAACAGUUCAUGCCAAAAUGAGCCUCAUUCACAGUAUAGCUACAAGGGUGAUCAAACUAGCUCAUGCCAAAUCAAGCCUAGCAUUAGCUCCUGCUCUGGUAGAAACUUACAGUCGUCUUUUAGUUUAUAUGGAGAUCGAAUCCCUUGGAAUUAAAGGUUUUAUCAGCCAGCUUUUACCAAAUGUUUUCAAGUCACAUGCCUGGGGGAUCUUACACACUCUGCUGGAGAUGUUUAGCUACCGCAUGCAUCAUAUCCAGCCCCACUACAGAGUACAACUAUUAAGUCAUCUUCAUUCUUUGGCAGCAGUGCCACAUACCAAUCAGAAUCAACUUCACCUGUGUGUUGAAAGCACUGCUCUCCGGCUCAUCACUGCUUUGGGCAGUUCUGAAGUCCAGCCCCAGUUUACUCGUUUUCUCAGUGAUCCCAAAACAGUUCUAUCCGCAGAGUCUGAGGAACUUAACAGAGCACUAAUUCUUACUCUAGCUAGAGCAACACAUGUAACCGGGUCAGAAUCUAUACAAGGUACCUGGUGUAAAGACAUUCUACAGACAAUUAUGGUUUUCACCCCUCACAACUGGGCUUCCCACACUCUCAGCUGUUUUCCAGCUCCAUUGCAGGCCUUUUUCAAACAAAACAACGUACCUCAGGAAAGCCGAUUUAAUUUAAAAAAGAACGUGGAAGAAGAAUAUAGGAAGUGGAAGUCCAUGACCAAUGAGAACGAUAUCAUUACUCAUUUCUCCAUGCAGGGUUCUCCACCACUGUUCCUCUGUCUACUGUGGAAAAUGUUGUUGGAGACUGAUCACAUUAAUCAGAUUGGCUACAGAGUAUUGGAAAGAAUUGGAGCUAGAGCUUUGGUAGCUCAUGUUCGAACAUUUGCCGAUUUUCUCGUUUAUGAAUUUUCAACCUCUGCUGGAGGGCAACAGUUGAACAAAUGCAUUGAGAUCCUCAAUGAUAUGGUGUGGAAAUACAACAUUGUCACUUUGGACAGACUGAUUUUGUGCUUAGCUUUGCGAAGCCACGAAGGGAAUGAAGCCCAAGUCUGUUACUUCAUUAUUCAGUUGCUGCUGUUAAAACCAAAUGAUUUUAGGAACAGAGUGAGUGACUUUGUGAAAGAAAACUCUCCAGAGCAUUGGCUGCAGAAUGACUGGCAUACAAAACACAUGAGCUACCACAAGAAAUAUCCUGAGAAGCUGUAUUUUGAAGGCUUGGCUGAACAAGUGAACCCUCCUGUGCAGAUUCAGCCUCAAUAUCUGCCCAUUUAUUUUGGAAAUGUCUGCCUUCGAUUUUUGCCGGUAUUUGAUAUUGUAAUCCACAGAUUCUUAGAACUACUUCCAGUUUCAAAGUCUUUGGAAACACUUCUUGAUCAUUUAGGAGGCCUGUACAAGUUUCAUGACCGACCUGUGACGUAUUUGUACAACACUCUUCAUUACUAUGAGAGACAUCUGAGAGACCGUACAAAUCUUAAACGCAAACUUGUUCAUGCAGUUAUUGGUUCCCUAAAAGAUAACCGUCCACAGGGCUGGUGUUUAAGUGAAACCUAUUUGAAAUCUGCUAUGAACGCACGUGAGGAUAAUCCAUGGGUUCCUGAUGACACUUACUACUGCAAAUUGAUUGGUCGAUUAGUGGAGACUAUGGCAGGAAAAUCACCUGGUCCAUUUCCGAACUGUGACUGGAGAUUCAAUGAAUUUCCUAACCCAGCAGCGCAUGCCCUCCAUGUUACAUGUGUGGAACUUAUGGCAUUGUCUGUAUCAGGGAAGGAAGUUGGAAAUGCACUGCUAAAUGUUGUUCUUAAGAGUCAACCUUUGGUUCCGAGAGAAAAUAUUACAGCUUGGAUGAAUGCAAUUGGACUUGUAAUUACUGCAUUACCUGAGCCCUACUGGAUAGUAUUGAAUGAUCGCAUUGUGAGUGUUAUCAACAGUGCUACACUGACCUCGGAUACAGAAUGGGUUGGCUAUCCAUUCCAACUCUUUGAUUUCACAGCUUGCCAUCAGUCUUAUUGCGAGAUGUACUGCAGCUAUGUUUUAGCCUUGGCCCAUGCUGUAUGGCACCAUUCAAGUAUUGGACAGCUUUCUCUUAUCCCCAAAUUUCUCACAGAAGUGCUGAAACCGUUAGUGAAGACAGAAUUCCAACUGUUGUAUGUAUAUCAUCUAGUUGGGCCUUUUCUGCAACGGUUCCAGCAAGAAAGGACUCGAUGCAUGCUUGAGAUCGGCAUAGCGUUUUAUGAGAUGCUACAGAAUGUAGAUCAAAACAGCAAACAUUUGAGCUAUAUGGACCCUAUUUGCGACUUCCUAUACCAUGUAAAGUACAUGUUUACAGGAGAUAGUGUGAAGGAUCAGGUGGAAAAAAUUAUCUGUACGUUAAGGCCAGCUUUAAGACUCCGGCUGCGUUUUGUGACUCACAUAAGUAAAGUGGAACCAGCAGCUCCAGUACAACCAACAAGCAGUGCUUCCCCAGCCAUCACUUCCAACCAGGUCUCCACUGGUGUUGCUCUACCAGUAACACAAUAAGAAGAUGUGGGUUGCAUUUUAUUUUGGGUGUUCAAAUGUUGUGAUGUAAUAUAUUAUUUAGUAUUUAAGACCAACUCCUGCAAUAAGGUUACUUUAAAUAUUGUACUUAUUCACAUUAUCAAAUAAACAACGCUGACCAAGAAGGAGUGUUAACUGCAUGUAUUCUGCAGAAGUUUCUUUUCCUACUACAUAAUCUUGGUCGUGAUGGCUCUAGGUUCCAUUAAAGUAAACCAAAAUGAACUGUCUUCCUUGUCCAGCAGAUCACUUGCUGAUUAACAAUGAGAAAUAUAGAUUCUAAUGUUUUAUACUAAAUGUAUUUGUUUAUGUUGGUGAUGCUUUUUAUUAUUUUUCUCCACACAAUGAAAUGUUUUUUAUUUAAAACUGAAGACAACUUUAUUCUUAUUUUUUAUUAACUUGCCUACUGUUCAUAUAAUUUUACUCAUUGACUAUAACCACUGGCGUACAAUAGUUUGACCAAAAGUGAGUGUUCCAAAACACCCAUGGCAUGUUGAUGUACUUUCUGAAGUAAUCCUGAUCUAAUGUUAGUUGCCAAGAUUCAGUCCAUGUUUUAAGUUUCAGAUUCUUGAAGCUUUACUUUGGGAUAUAAACUGGUCUCCUAACAGACUUUAAACAGAUUUAUUGGGCAAAGUUACAUGUCCAAGUGGAAGUCAAUCCAUAUUUAUUAAUGGUAUACUUUUUAUAUUUGCUUCACCUUCUGUGAUAAGGAUGAGAAAAAUUAUUUGUCUACUGGCCUUAAAUUAUUUCUGUAGUUAAGAAUUUGAGUGCUUUUAUUGAGUCAUUCAGGCAGACAGCAUGGAAAUAGCCACUGACAAUCAAACAUCUAUUUACAUUAAUCUCAUUUUAUUCUCUUGUGUUCCUGUGAACUUCCCAGAUUCUAGCAAUCCCUAACGUUAGACACAAUUUGGUGACAAAUUCAUCUACCAAUUCGCUUGCUUUUGAGAUGUGGGAGGAAAUUGGAGCACCCAGAGGAAACCAGUACAGUUACAGGAAAAACAUCUUAACUCCAUUCAUGUCAUAGCAGAGGUCAGGAUCGAACCUCGGUCUCUUGGGCUGUGAGGCAGCAGCUUCAUUAGCUCUGUGCCACCUAAUCUAAACUCUAAUUUGUAUUCAGACAUGAUAUUCUUCAAACAAAGAAAUCUUAUUGUAUCAUCCAGUUAAUAAUCUUAGUGACUGAUAAAACAACUGCACAAGUGAAUUGAAGUACAAAUAUCCUGGCAACUUUUUAAAAUCAGCUGUGAAAUAUUGAAAUUUUGAUAGCCCAUACAUUUAUUUUGUUAAAAUGAGAUUGUUGUUUUUCCAGGUUAAAUUUUAGCCAAUUUACUUUAAUUGAUUGACUGACUUGCAUUGCUUGUGAAUUUGAGUGUUUGAUAUCAUGAAGAUGGAAACACUGUUACUUCAGUUUGUUCAACAAUUAAAAAUGUACAGUAUUGUGAUAAUAAAGUGUGUCAGUCAUUGCUAUUGACUUUGUAAAGCACUCUCACUGACCUCAAGAUGACCCAAACCUUUUUACUGCAAAUUAAAUAAUUUUGAAUUGCAUUCAAUAUUACUCUCAACCUCAGUAGCCCUAUACCUUGAGGAUACUUUAUUCUGUGAGUUUUGAAAUGGCUAAUGAGACCAAUGUGGGGCCUGCAGACUUUACCACAGUUGGACGGGUAUGUCAGACUGGACAGGUGGAGGGGUAAUUUGGGAGAUAAUGCACAGGUUAUGCCUUUUACAUUGAGCUUUGAGGACAUCCUGCAAUUAUUUCCUCUAUUUACCUGUUAAUUUCAUAAUGUCAUGAAGUUCCAAUUAGUGUUUGCUUUGAGCAUCUUCUGUCAGGCAUGGAGAUGAUGUGUCUUUAUCUUUGAACCCAACAGCUUAAUUAAGGCCUCAAUGUAGGGGAUAUUGAUUUACAUAUUCAGCCAGUAAAUUUGGUUUAGAUAGUGGUAUUUCUCCAGUACUUUGGAAUGUCCACUGCAGGCAGUCCAGCAGAGCAUGGGCACUAUGCCCAAUUUGAGAUCAUUAUAUUUUCAUUACACAGCCAAAAACUUUGGCACAUUGAAGAUGAUGCUGCAUUUCUUCACCAAUAGCUCCCAUGCCGAGCAAAUCAGACUCGUGUACUCUAGGAUCGUAAGUCGGCAGGAGGAGAAGAUGGCGGCGCAAUGCAGCUCGCAGCGGCCACUCCGGUGGUGAUGUCUGUUAUCUGUCAAGUAGGGUGCUGUGCACAAUCCUGAUUUGAUGGAGACAGACGUGAGAGCAUGGAGGAACAUCUGGUGAAACUUCUGAAAUGCCUGCUUCGCUGCCACUGCUGCUAUGUGAUCCGGAAUCUCCGGAGGGGAAGGCCCCAAGUCCUCGGCUUUGCUUGUUGCAGAGGAUGGUGCUCGGUGUAGGAGGACUGGUUGGUGGCUUGAAGUUUUUGGACGGACUCAGAGUCUGCUGCGGUCGGGUGCUUCCAAUGGUGCUGCAUCAGCAAGUUUGCGGCACUUGGAGGUUCAUGGCAGGGAGAGUUUCUCCCUUCUGCCACCUGCGUGAGAUGAUGAGGCUAUCGGGACUUUUUUUUACCAUGCCCAUGGUCUGCUCUUUAUCAAAUUACAGUAUUGCUUUGCACUGUUGUAACGAUAUGUUAUAAUUAUGUGGUUUUAUCAUUUUUAGUCUUGGUUUGUCCUGUGUUUCUGUGAUAUAAUUCUGGAGGAACAUUGUAUCAUUUUUUAAUGCAUGCAUU